AGGAGGGUUUUGCAGAGGAAGGGACCGGCAGGCAAGGCAGAUGCAAAACAGCUACUUCAGAAAUGUGUCAAAGAAAAGUGAAAACGAGACAGAGCUGUAAAUGAAGAGAGAAGGAAGAGGGAAAAAGAAGAAGAAGAAGAAGAAAGCAAGAAAGAAAAGGAAAAGAACGGCUGGCUGCUGAUGAGAAGUGUGUCUACCAGGAGGAUGAGGUUGGAGCCCGCAGGAGACGUGAGUUAACUGGAUCGAGGCUCUGAUCUCAUUUUCCAAAGACGUUUUGCUCAUUUCCUGCUUCUGAACGAUGGGCUCUUGGAAGUACUCUCUCUUUAGUGGGUCUCUUAUCACUGCCCUGGUUUUUAUAUGUGUUUACAACAAUAAGUUAUGGGAGAACACGCACUUUCUGAAGGCUGCCCCCAUCAACAGCUCGCUGCUGGCUGAAGUCUGCCUCCAGAUGUUGAAGGAGGAGGUGUUUUACCCAGCAGAGAAUGUAUUGAAAACUACCUUGCGAGAAUCCACUUGCUACGAGUAUAGAGUUCAGAAUCAUUAUAUAACAGAAACACUGUCUCAGGAAGAAGCUGACUUCCCUCUGGCGUUCACCCUGACCAUCCACAAGGACUUUGACACUUUUGAGAGGCUCUUCAGGGCCAUUUACAUGCCCCAGAACGUCUACUGUGUGCACGUGGACCAGAAGGCAACAGUUGCAUUUAAGGAUGCGGUGAAACAAUUACUGAGCUGCUUCCCAAAUGCUUUUCUGGCUUCUAAGAUGGAACCUGUGGUCUAUGGUGGGAUUUCCAGGCUCCAGGCGGACAUCAACUGCAUGAAGGACCUGGUGGCUUCGGCCGUGCCCUGGAAGUAUGUCCUCAACACCUGUGGGCAAGAUUUUCCCCUGAAAACCAACAAGGAAAUAAUUCAGUAUCUGAAAGGAUUUAUAGGGAAGAACCUUACCCCAGGGGUGCUGCCGCCAGCUCACGCAAUUGGACGGACUAAGUAUGUCCACCAAGAAUUAUUGAACAGCAAAUACUCCUACGUGCACAAAACAGGGAAAUUAAAAUCUCCUCCUCCUCACAAUAUGACCAUCUACUUUGGCACUGCCUAUGUGGCCCUCACAAGGGAAUUUGCUAACUUUGUUCUCCAAGACCAGCAAGCACUGGACUUGCUCUCCUGGUCCAGGGACACCUACAGUCCUGAUGAACAUUUCUGGGUGACUCUUAAUAGGAUUCCUGAUAAGUUGCACCAUUCCUGGUUCUUUUCUCUCAAGAGGACACUUUGUACUUCUGUUACCUUGAAGGUAAACCCUGACAGGAUUCGGUAUACAGAAAUUCAGGUGCUGUGGUAUACGCCUGUAACCCCAGCUUGGGAGACGGAGGCAAGAGGAUCACAAGUUCAAAGCCAGCAGCAACUU